AUAAAUUAUCUUAUUCCAGAAGAUCAGAGUGUCAAGAAAGGUCCAAAUACAUUAAUAUCUCUUGUCCAUCAUUACUUUGCUACCCAUGGCCUUGGUGAAAAACGGGUUGUUAUUCAUGCAGACAAUUGUGUAGGCCAGAACAAAAACAAUGCAAUGAUCAAAUAUCUAUCUUGGCGGGUAAUGAAUGGUUUGCAUGAUACAAUCACUUAUAGCUUUAUGGUUCCUGGUCAUACAAAGUUUGGGCCAAAUG